AUGAAUAAAACUUUCGCUGAAAAACAAGGGAAUAUUACGGAGCUUGACAAAAGGUAUCGUGUGAAAGCGCCAAUUGAUGACGCAAACAACACUAUUACUAACAUUCGAAGGAGUAUUAUUGCGUUCGACGAAAGUUAUCACAAGAAAACAACAUCUGAUGACACGAAUAAGACUUUCACCGAAAACCAACGGAUCAUUACUGAAUCUCAGCUGCCUACCUGUGUGAGCUACAGGACAGCAUUUCACGGCAGAGAAACUGUAAAUUUGACAAAUCAUAAGUGGCAGAACCUAGACAGUAGGUUCAAUGACACGUUGCAAGGCGGACGAUGGAAACCCGAAGGUUGUAAGGCUGUGUUCCGGGUAGCUAUCAUUAUUCCUUAUCGAGAUAGGGACAGCCAUCUUAAGAUAUUGAUGUCUAACUUAUUACCAAAGCUGCAACGACAACAGUUGGACUACACCAUAUUUGUUGUAGAACAGGCGCCUGGCAACCGGUUCAACCGAGGAAUGUUGCGCAAUAUUGGAUUUCUGGAAGCCAACAAGACAGCCCAAUAUGACUGUUUCAUAUUUAACGACGUGGAUACUAUCAUUGAAGACGACAGAAACAUGUUUAAAUGUGACAUUCGUGGCGAAAAAAUGAUACGACACAUAGCAGUCUUAGUCAACGUCUUCCAAUACAAACUAUUAUAUAGCUACCUGAUCGGAGGAAUACUAAGUGUGACAUACAAACAGUUUGUGGCAGUGAACGGCUAUUCUAAUGCUUUCUUUGUUUGGGGGGGCGAAGACGACGACUUAUUUCGCAGAUUCGAUAAAAAGGAUUACAGGGUAUCUCGUCCUUCAAAUAAAGUGGCGUACACAACCACACUUGACCAUGAAAGAGACCCCGAGCUGGACGAGAGGAACAAUGUUUAUAAAAGUGUAAAAAACAUCUCCGAAAAAGAUGGAAUGAACACAAUAGAAGACAAGUAUAAAGUGGUCAUACGCGAGGAAAGGAAAUUGUUCACGUGGCUGUACGUACGUGUGGACGAAGAACUUGUCCAAAAAUCCUUAGAUGCCAUUCCAAAAUUCAAAUUACCUCAAACACAACCAGGAGGAAUGCAACAGGCAAUCCCUGUGGAAGGGAUCAAACGAAAAGAUCAUGUCCGACAACGACACAUACAUAAACCCGUUCUAUCCUAAUGAUAAGGUAUACAAGCUUUAAGUGGAUUUGUCAGCCCCAUUGUUAU